GGCCUGGGAACCGAUGAAGACACUCUCAUUGAGAUCAUCUGCUCACGGACAAACCAGGAACUGGCCGUCAUCAACAAAGUUUACAAGGAAAUGUACAAAACAGAACUGGAAAAAGACAUCAUCUCUGACACUUCUGGGGAUUUCCGGAAACUGAUGGUUGCGCUGGCCAAGGGCAGGAGAAACGAAGACUGUUCUGUAGUGGACUUUGAACUCAUCGACCAAGAUGCUCGGGACCUCUACGAUGCCGGAGUGAAGCGGAAGGGCACCGACGUUCCCAAGUGGAUCAAUAUUAUGACCGAGAGGAGCAUCCCCCAUCUCCAGAAAGUCUUCGAAAGGUACAAGAGCUACAGUCCUUACGAUAUGCUGGAGAGCAUCAAGAAGGAAGUCAAAGGAGAUCUGGAGAUCGCCUUCGUUAAUCUCGUCCAGUGCAUUCAGAACAAACAGCUCUACUUUGCCGAUCGGCUUUAUGACUCCAUGAAGGGCAAAGGUACCCGGGACAAGGUCUUAAUCCGAGUCAUGGUUUCUCGAGCUGAAGUUGACAUGUUGAAAAUUAAGAGUGAAUUCAAGAGGAAACACGGAAAAUCCCUCUAUUAUUUUAUCCAGCAAGACACGAAGGGAGAUUACCAGCGGGCCCUCCUGAAUCUCUGCGGCGGAGAAGACUGAAGCCUUGGGAGGAAACUGCCCACCAACCACUUCAAGCUGGAAACGUGCUUUUUUUCACCCCCCCCUUCCACCUCUGCUGCUUUCCCUUCUCCCCCUUUGCAGAACUACUAGGAGCCCCAGCUAACUCCGCUCCUGCCUGCUCUGUACACCCAGCCUGGCUCGCUUUCCGUGUCGCCUUCUUCUUCCCGCUCAGCUCCUGCCCAGUAGCUAGUCCCGUGGGAGUCACAAGGCCGAAGCAGCUAACAUUCCUAAGGGGGGGAAGGAUCCACCACGAGGCUCCAUCCCUGGUGGGGUCUGGUUGAAAGGACAAAUAAAGGAAAAAAAAAAGAUAUGAGAUUUUUACUUUAAAGGAAA